AUGUCGCUCGAUCCACCGACGUAUCUGGCCUCGCUGCAAAGCAACAUCCGUCAGCGACCGAUUCCCUGGGAUGGCGCCGUGCGCGCAGGAACCCUGACCGAGGAGCAGCUCGCUCGCAUCCGCUCCGUCGAUAAGGUCAAGAAAGACGUGCGCAAACAGACAAUCGAGUCCGAUCUGGAGGGAUAUAGCGCCCUGUUCGUGGGAGGAUCAGGGAAGAAGAGUGUGUUGGAAUUGGCCGCCAAGCGCCAGGAUGUGGUCCAGUAUAUCCUCGUCCUCCUGAACGACCUCCUCACAACCGUCCCCGCGCUCUCCAAAGCACUUGCUAAGACUGGCGAUCCCUACCAACAUUUCAUUCCUCUUCUCGGUCACAGAACUGUAACCGACGAUCCUAUCCCGCUUCUGACCUCGACUGUGCUCGUCAGUCUCAUGGCUGGUUCCAGAGACGAGUCCCAGGCCGCCUCCAAGGCCCUCCCCCUCAUCUACAGUUAUCUCUCGUCCCUCACAACGAAUUCCGACGCAGGUCUUCAGGAUAUCGGUGUGCAAGAGUACUCAUCACUUUUGUAUGGUCGUGUUCCCAGGGCGCAGUUUUGGGAGCAGCGGAGCGAGACUGUGGCCCCCCUGGUAAAGAUUCUACGAGCGGCAGCGGGUAUUGGCAGCGGUGGUGACGCCACGGCCAGCCUCUGGAGUGGGACAACGAAUCCCUCUAGAAGCGGCUUUGAGGGCUCUCUCGGUGGAGGGGUCGGUCUUCAGUUGCUUUACCAUGUGCUGUUAGUCAUCUGGCAGCUCAGCUUUGAGGCUGCCGAUAUUGGCGACGAUCUCAACAAGGAAUACGACUUCAUCGCUCUUUACACCCAGCUUCUCCGACUCUCCCCCAAGGAGAAGACCACACGUCUACUCCUCUCCACCCUCCUCAACAUCCUCGCCGCUAAUCAAAACACGCUGCUUGCCAUCGCAGUGCUUGCCCGCCUCCCAACCCUUUUGGAGACCCUCAAAACGAGACAGUUCAACGACCCCGAUCUGAGAGGAGAUCUGGACCGGCUCCGCGAGCUGCUCGAGGAGUACACCAAAACCAAGACCACCUUUGACGAGUAUGUAGGCGAAGUCAACUCUGGCCGUCUGCACUGGUCCCCACCCCACCGCAACACAGUUUUCUGGGCCGAGAAUGCCCGCAAGAUUCUAGACUACGAGAACGGCGCGCUUAUCCGCAAGCUGGUGGAUAUCAUGAAGCAGCCGUGGGAGGACGACAAGUCGGUGCUAGCGAUUGCGUGCAAUGAUGUUGGGUGUUUGGUGCGUGAGGUGCCCGAGAAGAGGGGCCAGCUGGAGAAACUUGGUUUAAAGACGAGGGUGAUGGAGCUGAUGGGGGAGGCGGACGAGAAUGUACGGUGGGAAAGUUUGCGUGCCUUGGGUGGUUGGUUGCAGUACAGCUUUGAUACGAAAUAG